AUGAUUGGUCAAGAUACACAACCAUUCAGUUCUGAAGAUUCUGUCAAGAAAUUUGAGAGCAGGAUGACACCAAACCAUCUCUUCCAACUCAUCACUGAAAUCAAUAAACCAACAGAUCUUGAGGAAGAGCCAGAUGCGGUAGAUUAUCGCGAACUACAAAGGCAGGCUAUCAGAGAUAUGGGAUUUGGCGCCUUGCUAGAUCUCAAAAUCAAGAAUAUUUCAACAGCCUUAUGUAGUUUUCUGGCAAACAAUUUCCAGACUGGUGCGAGACAAGUCUCAUUGAAUGGGAACAAUGUACUGGAUAUCAAACAGGAAGAUGUUGUUGUUGUACUUGAUCUUCCUCGUAGACCCAAACCAGUGGAAGAAUUCAAACAGAAUGAUCCCGCUAUAAUGGACCAUGCUGAGAUGGUGGAUGCAUUCAAGAAAAGAAUGGGAUACAAAAGAUGCCUCCGCCCUUUAGGUAAAACGCAACAGGAACAAGAGCAGCAGCAAGACCAGCAAGACCUCCAGGAUGCACAGAUUUGUGAAUUGUGCGAGAUGGCAUGGAAGCCCGCUGAAAGCAUAUUUGCAACAAUCAUAGAACAGCUGCAACGACAAGUAGCUGACCAACAACAACAACAACAACAACACCAACAAACUGAUGACAACACUGUACAAGCUCCAAUUAAUCCCACAAAUUUUCAAGACAUUGAAAUUGACAAAGCACAGGGACUGGAGCAAUUGAGCCAGACAAAUGAUGAGGCUUCUCUUCCAAUGGGGAAACCCGUGCCUACUUCAAAAGAAGUGGUGGUUGAUGAACAACAAACUCAACCACAAGGGGCACAGGGACUGGAUCAAUUGAGCCAGACAAAUGAUGAGGCUUCUCUUCUAGUGGGGAAAUCCGUGACUUCUUCAAAAGAAGUGGUGGUUGAUGAACAACAAACUCAACCACAAGCACAUGGAACGAAUAUCUCCACAACAGAAAAGAAGAGAUCCUAUCAAGAUUCCACCGGCCGGGAUUCAGGUGUGACAUCCACCUUUACCAAAAGGUCGAGAAGCACUGGUACCAAGAAAAGGAAAGUAUUCAAAGACCCAACUAUCCCACACUUUAACCUGGGUAUCUUCUCCAGUCAGGAAGACAGUUACGAGACAACCCAGGAGAAGAACACUGAGGAAGAUAUCACAGGAAGUUUUGAUUUGGAUAAAGAUGUCAAUGAGACUAUAGAAGCAGAAGAAUAUCCAGUACCAUCUGCACUCGACGAAACAAAGAAUCCCACUCCUUCCAUCGAUGAAAUCAUAAGAAGGGCCAGUGCACCAGCUUCAGAACCAUUAAGUGAUACCAAAAAACUAGAGAUGAUUGCCGCUGCUGCAGAACAAGUUGAGAAGAACUCAAAGGUGGUUGAAGCAAUCCCUUUAAGCAUAAUUCCACCCGAUUGGAAUAUUGCUUCUACCACGGGUGGUCUACUGAUGCUGGAGAAAAAUGAGUGUACCACGCCACCGCCUGCAAUCUCAAAGCUGAUGAGCUUGAUGAAGAGAUCCUCAAUGAAAAACCUAAGAGGAGAAAUCCACCAAGAGUCCACCGGUUGCCCGAACGGUUCAGACAGGACAGCUUUCUAUUCCAUGAGGGAAGGGACAUGGAUAGAAAACAUCAUCAUAGAUGCUUGGGCUGUCAUCCUAAACAAAGAAGAAGCUAAGAGUGACUCCCCAAGACGGAUAUUCUUUGGUGUUUCCUCAUUUUUUCGGUUCUUCCAAAGCUAUGUUGAAUGCGUGUUUCCACGCAUAGAACUGGUCAGUGCUCGGUACACCUUCACAGAUGUUACGCUACCAUCGCAUAAGGACAAAACACCGAAUGCGGAAGAUUAUGGAAUAUACACAAUGCACCACAUGGAGCGGUAUGAUGGUGGUGAGCUUGACUGGGAGCUGAGACAAACAGAGUGGGACAAAUUUCAGGAAACUUUAAAGGAGUUGGAGCAAAGAGUUGAACAAAUACAACAAGGGCUCCAGAAGUUGAAUGAAAUCUCAGAAAGGAAGGAAGAGCAAUUUUCUCAUCAGAAUUUAGUCCUACCAGUGGAGGAGAAGGAGGUAAAGGAAGAACCAAAGGUGGAGAUGCAACCAUCACCAUAUAAGAAACCACCUCCUUAUGUUCCACCUCUGCCAUUCCCACUCAGGGGAGUGACAAAACACACUUCCUCAAGUGGCGUUAAAAACUCUGCCAAGCAGAAAGUUGUGAAACAAGAUUUUAGUAACCCACUUGAUGGGGAGUUGUGUUUAGAGGGACUAUUUGCUGAAGGUGAGCCGUGUUCAAGAUUUCAUGAGACUCUUUCUCCAGAAAGAGAGAUAAUUGACUCGGAGGAUACAACUUUGUUUACGAAUGAAGAAGAGUCAAUUAUCUCCCUUGAUGAGAGUCAUGUGGGCAGAGGUAAGGGUGAAUUCACUUGGGGUGUGCAAAUAGAGUAUAUUGAUUUCGAUCAAUGUCAAACCAAGAAGGACCCCGAGAUGUUGGAAGAGUGGAGCAAGAAAGAUUUUCCUCUAUGUUGGAUGAUUCAAAAGUAUGCUUCCUGGAGGCAUGAUAGGCUAAUUGAUAGCACAUUCUUGUGGUAUCAAGAUGGCUAUUCUGAGUGA